AUGUCCUCGACGCCCCCUCCCCCGCUUCCGCGAGACGACCCAGCGUCCGCAGCGCCGUGCAGUAAUGCAGGGUGUUGGGAAGGGCCAGGCAAAAUCACCACCGUAGUCAACGGGCUCACCUUCAGAUCUACCUGGUGCAGCGGCAACCUUGCUCGGGUUGUCCUUCCUGCGGAACAGGGGGGAGUGGGUGGGGUGUAUCAGCUGUGGACGGCUAGGGAUUGCGAGGGGGGGCCUAACGCCAGGCGUAACUCGAGCUGGUUCUACUAUGGAGUGGCCGGUGGUUCAGCGAAUCAGAUAAUCACCAUGAGAAUCAUGAACUUGAACAACCAGAACGCUCUCUACAAGCACGGGAUGACGCCGGUUUUCCGCAUGUCGGGAAACCCAAACUGGGCCCGCCUCAAGCAGAAAGCUAUCUUCGAGGAAGAGGGCAGGCACUUGCAGCUCCAAUUUCAGUUCCGCUUUACCAGAGACUCGGAGGAGGUGCUGUUUGCCUUUUGUUUCCCCUACAGCUAUGACGACUGCAACAAAGACCUCGAGUGCUGCGAAGACCAGGCUAGACGAGACGGGAUGGCGCUACAACCCUUGAUGUCGCCGCGACCAGGCCCGACCGGCUACUUCCACCGGGAGCUGCUCAUUCGGACCCCCGAGGGCAGGCGGGUCGAUCUCCUCACGGUCACGGACUGCAACGGCAUUUUGAAUGAGCGCGAGCCCCAGAUAGACCCCCACUUGUUUCCGGAGCACGCCCCCCCUUCGAGGUGCCGCCCUUUCGAGUUCGAGGGCAAGGACGUCGUUUUCGUGUCCGCGAGGGUUCAUCCUGGAGAGACUCCAGCAAGCUUCGUCUUCCAGGGGAUUCUGAGGUUUCUCUUGGAACCAAAUGACCCACGUGCCGCGGAGCUUCGGCGAAGAUUCGUGUUCAAGUUGGUGCCGCUGUUGAACCCCGACGGCAUCGCGGCGGGUCAUUUCCGGCAGGACUCGUACGGUAAUAACCUGAACCGGCACUACAUCGAUCCGGACGUGGAAAAACACUCUUCCGUGUACGCUUCGAAGGCGGUGGUGAUGCACCACGCGGCGAGGCCCUCGGGAAGGGGGCGGCUCACGCUAUACCUCGAUCUCCAUGCGCACGCGUCGGCCAGGGGGUGCUUCAUCUACGGCAACCAUCUUCCGAGCCUUGAAGACCAGGCGGAGAAUCAGCUGCUGCCGCUCCUCAUGACGUUGAACACGCCGCACUUCGACUUCGGGUCGUGCAACUUCACGCUGAAGCACAUGUGCCGCGUGGACAGCGGAGACGCCGGCCUGAGCGCGGAAGGGACCGGGCGGGUCUUCUACGGCAAGCACGCGGGAGUCCUGCGGUCAUACACGCUGGAGUGCAACUACAACACGGGCAAGGCUAUGUGCAACCACAUUCCGCCGGCGAGCGGAGGGAGGCGAGGAGAGCGGUUCGCGAGUCCCGAGAGGAAGAGCACGACGCCGCCGCGGUACCACCCGCAAAUCUGGCGGGAUGUCGGCGCGGGGUUCCUGAAGGCCUUGCUGGAUGCCGAGGGCGCCUCUGUCUGGUCGAGGCUGCCACAGUCCAAGUUCAGAUCGCUUGAGAGGGAAACAUCUCAUCAAUGA